AUGGCAACCACUACUGAACAUCUGCAUAUUGAAAAGCUGCAAAUCAGCGAUGCAGUCUCAUCUGUCGUCUCAUUCGAACCCUUCGAGCUCCCCUCCUCCAACCAGCGGGUACUGGGAUCUCCUCAUCCCAAAGAUACCGUGAUUCCCCUCGCCCUACGUCUCACAGAGGAAUCCCAAAAGCCCAGCCUCGACGUCAUCGUGGAGACUAUCAAGUCUCUCCAGCAGCGAGAUGGCACUUUGACCAAAAAGCUUGCUCAACACGGCACCCUCCUCUUCCGUGGUCUUCCCAUCCAUAACGCCGAGGACUUUAGCAAAUUCGCCCACGCUUUUGGAUACAAACCUCACGAGAUCAUUGGUAUAGUAGUGGAUAGACCACUUCUCGCACCGAACGUGGCACCCGCCAACGAAGCACCCAAGGAGGUUCUGAUAUACAACCACAACGAGUCCCCGCAGGUGCCCCAUGCCCCGGAGUAUAUUUUCUUCUACGGACAUCACGUCCCCAACAAGGGCGGCGAAUCUCCCAUUUCUUCCUCGCUGGAGUUGUUCCACCGCGCACAGCAAGAAAUUCCAGAAUUCAUCGCUGAGCUUACGGAGAAGGGCAUCUUGAGCCGCGUCACGUACAAGUACGAAAAACAAUAUGAAGGCGGGUCCACCCUCAAACAAGCCUUUGGAAAGGAGAUAGUGGAUGGGGACUCGGAAGAGACCAAGCGACGCAAGAUAGAAGCGCAGAUUGCCCGGUAUGGACGUGGGAUUUAUACGACGUGGGAGUGGACGGAUGACGGGCUUGUUUUGACGCAUCGACUCCCAGCAAUUAGGACACAGCCGGAGACUAAUUUGCCCACGCUGUUUACCGGAUUGGCCUCAUACUGGAAGAUGAAUCGGGUGAAUUCGGGUGGGAGGAAGAAUGUUACUCAGCAGAUUUAUGGAGAUGGGAGUGUUAUACCGGAGAAGUAUUUGGAGCAUUUGGCUAAGAUUACGGAUGAGAUUCGUGUACUGCACAAGUGGGAGACGGGUGAUGUGCUGGUCUAUGAUAAUGUGAUUGCCCAGCAUGGGAGACAGCCGUGGGAAGGCGAGCAGUCGGAUCGGGUGGUGUUGGCGAGUCUUUUUGAUGGGAAGAGCGUGCCUGGAGCGUAUGGAUUUGGGGAGUGGGCGAAGGUAGUGCAGGCUUUGGAUUAG